AUGAUCGAACAAGAACAAUUUAUCUAUGAAAUCGUUAUUCCACAACCGUUAUCUUUUUAUCGAAAAUCAAUUCAUCAAAAACGCUUAUCAGAAACAUUUCUAUCUUAUCGAAUUUACUGUUUCAAUCAAAUAUUUGAUCUAUUAUUAGUUAAAGACAAAAUAUUUUUAUCACCAUCAUUUUUUGUACAAUAUUUUAAUGAAAAUCAAACAUGGAUUAAUCGAGAUAUUAAAGAUUGUUUUUAUAAAGGUUAUGUUAAUAGAAAUUAUUUGUCCAUGAUAUCAAUUAGUUUAUGUAAUGGUUUGUUUGGAACAUUUAUCUAUCAUAAUACUGAAUAUUUUAUCGAACCUAAAUACGAUAGAAAUAGUAGUUCAUGGAAUUUUGAACAUAUAAUUUAUACACACAGAGAUUUAUCAUUAUCCAAAGAAUCAAUUGUUCAUUGUCCUGUUGAUGGUAAACCUUAUUUUGAAGAACAUCAUAACUAUCAUUAUUAUCGAUCACACGAGCUUACACAAAUUCGAAGGAAACGUCAAUAUGAUUUUGAUUCAAUGGCAACACAUGUUGAAAUACUUGUUGCUUAUGAUGAUUCAAUAAAAGAAUUUCAUUCUGAAAUCGAUAUUAAAUCAUAUAUUCUAACGUUAUUUAAUUAUGUUUCACAUUUAUAUUCAGAUGCAAGUAUUGGAAAUAAUAUCAAAAUAUGGUUAGUUAAAUUAAUCGAAUUAGGAAAAGAUUUAAGUAAUCACAUUGAAUCAACGGAUGAUGCAGCUGAUAUAUUAAAUAAAUUUUGUAUAUGGCAAAGAGAUUACAAUAUACAAGAAACAUAUGAUGCAGCUGUUCUUCUUACUAGAAUACCAUUAUGCCAUAAACAUGUUCCACAUACAAUUGAUAGUAAAUGUGAUACAUUGGGUUUGACAGAACUGGGUACAAUGUGUAAUAUAACAUCAAGUUGUGUUGUUGUACGUGAUAAUGGUUUUGCAACUGCAUUCACAAUUGCUCAUGAAAUAGCACAUUUAUUUGGUAUUCGUCAUGAUAAUGAUAAAGUUUGUUUGGAUUUAAAUGAAGAACAAAAUAUAAUGGCGACUUCACUUGUAUUUAAUCAUAAUCAUUAUAAAUGGUCGAAUUGUAGUAGACAUUAUUUUACACAAUAUCUUGAGUCUGAUCGAUAUCCAUGUUUAAAUAAUAUACCGAAUUACAAAUCAUUAUUAUUUCAAGAUUUAAAUAAUAAACAAAAAGCGGGUGAAUUACCUGGUAGUUUUAGUGAUCUUGAUGAGCAAUGUCGUCGAGCAUUUGGUAUUCAUUUUGAAUAUUGUAAAGACUUAAGCCAUGGUUCAAAAUGUACUCAUCUUUAUUGUCGUGAAAUAUUAUCUUAUUCAUCGUUAUGUAUAACUAAUCAUGCACAUUGGUCCGAUGGUACUCUAUGUUCAGAAUCAAGAAGCGAAAUUAAAGUAAGACUAUAA